UGUCAUAGUUAUUUAUCAUCAGGUUUGUUGUUGUUGGCAUUAAAAGGCAUUUCAUUCAUUGAAAGGAGUCAUUCUGAUGUUGUAGAAGACUUGGUAGUCCCAGCUGACGAGAACAGGGCUUGAUAUUGAUAUCUGUGCAAUCUCGCAUGUAGUUACAAGAUGAUAAUAUGUAGUUACUGAGUAGUUGCUGGUUGGAUUAACAGUGCUGACCGCCGUAUGAGCUCGGUAUGUAGUGCAGACUCCUGGCCACGGAAUUACACGCUCCCUAACUCCGUCAAUGUGGUGGACUUUGGCGGAGUUAGUCAAUCCUGUUAUAUAUAUAUAUAUAUAUAUAUACAGACAAUGCCGUGAUCAGAGGGAUAGAUGAAGGGUUUUAAGCCGUCAUACAAUAAGAUCCAGGCAUAAUUAAGAUAUCUCUCAAACCCUCCAUCCACUCCUCCUCGCCAUGCCACCCACCAACAUCCUCCUAAUCGGCGCUGGCGAACUGGGCACCGCCGUCCUGCACUCCCUCAUCCACCACCCCACCCGCACCAAUAACAAACCCUCCCUCUCCCUCCUCCUCCGCCCAAGCAGCAUCGCAUCCCCAAAACAACCCCCCCUCGCCGCCCUCCUCCAAUCCCUCACAGCACCCAACAACCCCCCAAUAUCCCUAGUCCCAGGCGACAUUGCCGCCGACUCCCCCGAAACCCUCACCGCCCUCUUCCGCCCCUACGACCUCAUAAUCAGCUGCGCCGGCUUCGUCGCGGGCCCCGGCGCCCAGCUGAAAAUAACCCGCGCCGUCCUCGCCGCCGGCGUCCCCUUCUACAUCCCCUGGCAGUUCGGCGUGGACUACGACGCCAUCGGCCGCGGCUCCGCGCACGACCUCUUCGACGAGCAGCUAGAUGUGCGCGGGCUGCUGCGCGCGCAGGAGACGACGCGGUGGACCGUGGUGUCCACGGGGAUGUUUACGAGUUUCUUGUUCGCGGCGGGGUUUGGCGUUGUGGAUCUGCCGGCACCAAGGGGGGAGAGUGCGAGGGUGCGGGCGCUGGGCGGGUGGGAGAAUCGGGUGACUGUCACCGCGCCGGCGGAUAUUGGUAGAUUAACAGCUGAGAUCGUGUUGGGCGAUGACGGGUUGCUGGGCGCUAAUGGGCCUGUGUUUGUCGGUGGGGAUACGCUAAGUUAUGCGCAGGUGGCCGAUUUGGUGGUGAAGGUUACGGGGAGGGAAGUUGAGAGAUCGGUUUUGACGGUUCCGCAGGUUCUGGAGAGGUUGGAGAGGGAGCCCGAUAAUGCGUUGUUGAAGUACUAUGCUGUUUUUGGGGCGGGGAAGGGUGUUGCGUGGGAUUUGGAGGAGACGUGGAAUUUCCGGAAGGGGAUUCAUGCGAUGACGGCGGAGGAGUGGGCGCGGGAAAAUUUGUGAAAACGUAUAGAGAUAAUCGUCCUACUAAAAUAGGGUCGUAUAUUAGAUGUUCUAUAUCUCGCAUAAAACUGGACCUAAAAUUAUCUAGAGGGAAAGUUUUAGUAGAGCAUAUAGCUAAAGGAAUAUUCUAGCGAACAAGGACUCAAUAACAUCACAUAAAAAACGAAAAACGCUCAAUCGAACAAUCCCGUGCAGGGGAUUCGCAAUCAUUUUUAUAUCCGUUUCAUCCCUUAUGCAGUCCCAUCAAGUCAUAUAGAACCUGCAAUCCUUAUGACCACCAGGCAACGAGUCCCAGGCCCGCAAUCUGCAUAGACCCCUAUUUAUUUAAAUCACUUCCAUUAGCUCCUAGUCAUUAUAAAGUAACCUGA